AUGACAACGCCUGGAUUUGUUCUAUGGUCGUUUGAUGGACCACUCGAUGAAGACAACCAAAGCCCUCUUCCAUCGCCACCCCUGUCGUCUGGGUCAUCUCCGAGAGAUACAAUCGCCGGGGGAUCUGGUUCGGAUCGAGAGCAAGAAGUGUUCCAUGACGCUGCUGCUACACUAGCAGGAAGCUCGAGCAGCAUUUCCGGACCCACCCCUAAAAGUUCGUUGCACAAGGUCGAGCCUCCCUCUACGCCACCCAUCACUCCCACCGUGGUUUCGCCUCGAAUCACAUACCCGGUUCUCCGACAACACAGCACCGGCGCAGGUCCAUCUCGAACCCCUGCCACUCCAGAACCGCGCGCAAAUACUGUACAGCGGAUCCUCCAAGGCGGGAACCAUAGCGCUUCCUUUGAAGGAACGAGCCAAUACGCUGCGGGGGGCGUUUCUGCAUGCGCACUGGCGAGUAUGAACGCCAUCCGGCUCGCGUUUGAGCUGUGUGCGAGGAGGAUGGAUGCUGAACAACUCGUAUCGGGGCUUAUCAGCGAAGAGUUUGUACGGGCCGCGAUGGGUAUUGCGCCGUAUUGGCCAAAUAAUAUGCAUCUGGAAGUAGAGCCGAUUCUUGAGUUGCCUUUGUUUUCGGGAUCUAUUCGAAGAUUGGACACUCAGUAUGCGAACUCUAGUCCCCGGACGUUUCUCAAUAUCAUCAGGGGGCUGCGCUUAGACCGCGAGUCUCCCGGGCCUCGAGCUAUAAUUAUGACCCGCCCGCCCGAGGUGAUCUGCGUGAUGCACAUCCCGAUUCCGGAACCGACACCCAACUAUUGGGCUCCACCACAAUCCGCUCGUCAUGCCGAGUCAAUCUACUUGGUCUUUGACUCGCACCCUCGCCCUGAUCAUCCAAAUGGCGCCGCAGUCCAGAUCUUCUCGCCCGACCCAAUCGAAGAUGUCUCCCACUACCUAAUGGACCUGUUCCGAAUCGACCAAGGGCUAUUUGAUGACCCGAGCCUGGAAUGGACCGCUCAACUCCUGGGUCAAGUCUCUUACCAUGUGCUCGCGCCUUCCCUAGCUCAAGGCCCGAAAGAUGAAUACGCGCUGAACAUGCGUAUACUCGAAGCGAAUCAGAAAUGUACGCAGGCAGAGGAAAAAUUGAAGGCUUCGGAAGCCGAGACGAGAAAGUUGAAGAGUCAGAUGUUUGAUCGUCAGCAAGAGGUCACGAUCUUGAACUUUAACCUCCGGAGGGCGGAGGAAGAGGUGAAGAGUCUUAGGGCACAGCUUGAUAGGCCUCCGCCGCCGGCAAGGGAAGAGCCCAGGGUUGCUUCAUGGUUCUCUUCUGGGAAUAGGGGAGACGAUAGUAGGAGGUCAAAGGGGAAGGGAAGACAGCGAGAGGAUUCGGGUGGUUGGUACGCAUCCUCGGCACCCAAAGGCGACGAUCGGACUUCUUCACGAUUCGGAGACGACAAACGCGGAGGGUCAGGUACUGGGUGGGGUCACUCAUUUGGUUCGCAGGCAAGCGACGGAGCGUCCAUGAAAGCGACUGGUACAUCCAACUUUGGCUUUUCACCCUGGCGUCCAGCGCCUUCCCAGCCUCCCCCACCUCCCCCGGCCUAUGCCCCGGCAUCUUCCAAAACAGCCAGUUCCUCGAGCUACAACAAAGGCCCUAUCGAAAAAGAAGAUACCCGCUCUAUAGAACUUGCCAUGCGCUUGCAACAGCAAUUCGACAACGAGACUGUCGAUUUUUCAAAGGGAGAAUCGCUCGCCAGACUUUGGAGCGGCCGAAAUUCGAUUGUGGGAUAUGCAUGGAGACGUAUACCGACGAAGCGAUCGCGCGUAUAG